GAGAGAGAGAGACCAGAGACACUCCCCCUGUGUAUUAGUUACAGCUGAACUCCAAGCUAAGCAGUGAUUUUUUUUCUUCAUUUUUUUUUUUAAACAACAUGAGUCUAUCCGCUGCUCAACAAGGAGGUGCCCCGACAUGGAGAGAGGCGAGAAUGGAGAUGGCAAAAAGGCUAAAGGAUGACGAGAAGCUCCACUUGUUCGACGGAAUCCUCUACCCAGUGGUAAUCUGCCCGGCCGAGAACAUGGAGGCCCUUAGGACCCUGAAGGCCAGACCAGACGACGUGGUUCUGCUCUCCUUCCCAAAGUGUGGAUUCAACUGGACGGUGUCCGUCUUACGGAAAAUGCUGGUUGCAGCAAAAGGAAAGAGUUUCUCAUCAGAGAUGCCUCCGCAGAUUGAAUUCUGUACCCCAGAGAUGCAAAAGACAAUAGAACAGGAGCCGUCACCGAGGUUACUGGGCACUCAUUGCCACAUGGGGAGACUGCCUCUGCUGUGCCAGUCCAUCAGAGACAACAAGACAAAGAUGCUGAUGAUGUUCAGGAACCCCAAAGACACGGCUGUGUCCUACUUCCACUUCAUGAACAGUAAUCCAGCUCUGCCCAGCGCUGAGUGGGACACAUUCUUCUCAGACUACAUGACUGGGAACGUACCAUUUGGAUCCUACCUGGAUCAUAUUGAAGCCUGCUCCAAACUGGUCGAUGAGCCCAAUGUGAUGACAGUUAUUUAUGAGGACAUAAAGGAGGACUUGGUUGGAAAUCUCAGACGGAUCGGCCACUUCUUGAACUUCCCCCUGACGGAGGAGCAGGUCCAGGCCAUCUCAGCCGAGAGCACCUUCAGUGCCAUGAAGCAGAACGCUGUCAACACCCACGGCAAUUUUGGCAAUGUCUUAUUCCGGAAAGGUGAGGUGGGCGACUGGAAGAACCACUUGAGUGAGGCCCAGAGCCAACAGAUGGAUGAGGAGUUCAACAAGAGACUAGCAGGAACCAAACUGGGGGCCCUGCUCAAAUACGACACCUACUGCAAGGAAAACAUGGAGGUGUUUGGUCGCUUCUAAAUUCAUCUCUGUUUGGAUCCUAAAUUAAUGAAUGCAUUGGGCUGGCUAAAGGCUAUCAAAGUUGCGCCGCACGCUAGAGGCAGUGAGUGCACACAUUGAAACGUGAGAGACUGAGUCAUUGCUGUUGGACUGAAACCAGUCUUUCUGGCAGCCUAUAGGAAACUCUGCUUCCUAAAGACACGCCUUCUCACACAGAGGGCGAGGCAGGGACGCCCACGUUGCCCGGGGCACAUAAACAAAC